AUGCGAGUUUCAAGUAUUGCUAGUAACGAUGAAGACGGAGCCGAAGCCGAAGUGCAUUGUGAUCUUUUUUCGUGCUAUUCACCAAUUGGUGCCCAUUCUACCCAUUACGAUGAUGAAAUCGAGGCUAUUUAUGUCGCUUUAAAGCAGCUGGCAAUCAGCUGUUCAUCAUUCUGUAGAGCGGCUAUUUUGUCAGACUCUACGUCUGCGCUUCAAUCUCUCUCAAAUGGACAGUAUACAGAUAAUACCUGUAUUCUGGAGUGCAAAGAGCUGGUAAUGUCGAUCUCUGUUUCCUUCCAGUGGAUCCCAGCCCAGUGUGGGAUUUCUGGAAACGAGGCUGUCGACUUUUUAGCCCAAAAGUGGGCAGGGGUCCUCCAGAGAACUUUGAAAACCCUCUCUUUUCAUUCAGCCAAACUCCUGAUAAAAGGAAGAUAUAACACCAGGAUAAAGCAGAAAGCAUUAUGUGACUCUAUCGGUAAGUCAUGGGCCCCACUGCUUGAGGAUAAACGGUUGAUUCCAUAUUUUCCUAGAAGAGCAGCUGUGGCACUUUUCCGCCUUACUACAGGCCAUCAUGACUGUUUGCCAACGUAUUUGUAUCGAUUUGGACUUUGUGAUUCUCCUUUUUGUCCUUUGUGUGGACAACAUCAAAUUUUUGAUGCUACUCAUCUUGACUCGUGUUCUGCACUUGCGUUUUUAAAUUGUAGAGUACAGAGAUAUUGGAAGGCCAGAGAACUAAUUUCGUCAUAG